GGAUGCCGCGAUGCUGGACCAGGACAGCGGGCUCUCCCUCACCAUAGCGCGGAUCGUGCAGCGCCUGAAGGGCUCCAGCCUCCACUCCCAGCUGGAGCGACAGGCCCGGGUUAGCCUACACAAACCAGAAAUUAAGCUGGAAUCACUAAAAGAAGAUAUUAAGGAUUUUCUGAAGACAUCAGGUUGGGAAAAGAAGCUUCAGAAUGCUGUUUAUAGUGAACUCAGUGUGUUUCCUUCGCCCUGUCAUCCUGCAGCACCACCUGAGCAUAUGAAAGAACCAUUGGCUUACAUGAGGAAAGCACAGGGAAGCUGGGAGAAGCGAAUUCUGAAAAGUCUGAACAGCAUGUGCACGGAACUCAGUAUCCCACUAGCACAGAAGAGGCCUCUAAGUGAACAGAAAGAACUGCUUAAUAAAUGGAAUGAAAUGGGAACUGAUGAACCAGAUCUAAGUCUCUUUCGGCCUGUUUAUGCACCUAAAGAUUUUCUUGAAGUACUGAUGAAUCUUCGAAACCCAAAUUAUGAAAAUGGAGAACAGCCUACUUUCAGAAAUCAUCUGGGGCUAAUUCAGGUUCCUUUAAAAGUUAAAGAUAUUCCAGAAUUGAAAGAAGACUUCAGUGAACUAGGCUUAAAUAUAGGACAGCUGGGUAUUGAUGAUUCAGCACAAGUGCCUCCUGAAUUCUUUGAAAAUGAACAUGUGCGUGUUGGACAGAAAGUUUUAGCAGAGCAAGAUAGUGCUGCAGCUCAACAGUAUGUUCGGCAGGGAUGUCCAACAGCACUCCGAGCUGAUCUGUGGGCCCUCAUUCUCAAUAUUUCUAAUCAGCCAGAGGAUAUCUUGUAUUAUGAACAGCUUAAGUCCAAUGUGAUUCAGCACGACCUUUUAGUGGACAGCCUGAUAUACAAAGAUGUAAAGCUGACAGCAAGCAAUGACGACUACUAUUUUGUAUUUGAGGAUUAUUUAUAUCAGGUAUUACUCUGUUUUUCCCGAGAUACAUCUGUAUUGGAGCACUUUGCUUACAGUAGUGCCACCCCACCCAAAUCAUACAUACAAGGAAAACUCGGAAUGGAAGAAUACGCUGUUUUCUAUCCCCCAAAUGGUGUAAUUCCUUUUCAUGGCUUUUCUAUGUAUGUUGCUCCACUUUGUUUUCUGUACCAUGAACCUUCCAAAUUGUAUCAGAUAUUCCGUGAGAUGUAUGUACGUUUUUUCUUCAGACUCCAUUCCAUCUCUUCUCAUCCCUCUGGCAUUGUAUCAUUGUGUUUGCUGUUUGAGACUCUUCUGCAAACCCACCUGCCCCAGCUCUUUUAUCACCUUCGAGAAAUUGGGGCUCAGCCGCUACGAAUUUCAUUUAAAUGGAUGGUGCGAGCAUUCUCUGGUUAUUUAGCUACAGAUCAGCUCUUGCUUCUGUGGGACAGAAUCCUGGGAUACAACUCUCUAGAAAUUCUUGCUGUCCUGGCAGCUGCUGUGUUUGCCUUCCGAGCAGUCAACCUGAUGGAGGUGACAUCACUGGCUGCAGCUGAAGCUGUACUUGCCGAUCUUUCAACCCUGAAAGUUAUGCCCCUUCUUCAAAUCUUCUUGUUUGCUACUGUGACUUGAUCUGCUUCAACAAUUCCAGUUUUUCUUGAGAUGCUAAUCAUCAGCUAUGCAAUAUCUGCAUAAAACCAAAAUUAAACUGUGUGUAUAUGACCUUAAUUUUUUUCUAACUGAAAACAGUAACUUUGCACACGAGUGUGUGCGGUGCAUGCUACUGAACUUCAUUGUAAGUGCACAUUGAGAGUGACUGCUUCUGCAAAUAAACAAUAUGAACCGGUGUCUAAAAUGC